GGCGCGCUACGGGCACGCAGCGACCGCUACGCUCGCUCGCAUCGCUCACCGCUCGACCGCUCGCACGAUCUCGAACACCCGCUUGAUUCACAACUGCUCGAUGAAUAUUUAAUCGCACCUAUUCCGAUCGGGUAGAUGAAUGAGCGAACUCCGCUGCCUUAUCGACGAUCAUGUCAACACAUUUCUAAUAUUUGGCAAAAGUUUGUUAUCAUGUCACUGGGGUAAAAUAACAAUAUUGUAAAAUCAUGAACGGUCGCAGAUUGGUGUCGCGAUCGAAGACGGCGAUUGUUGUUUUGCUACUGCUAAUUGUUAGACAAGCUGUCACAUCUUCCGAUGAGUCACUGUUCCCGCGAUUUGUGGAGCCUGUGCCGAACGUGACAGUCACGGUGGGCCGCGACGCGCUGCUGGCCUGCGUCGUCGAAGAUUUGAGAGGUUACAAAGUAGCGUGGGUUCGUGUGGAUACGCAGACGAUACUCAGCAUCCACCACAACAUCAUAACACAGAACCCUCGCAUCAGCCUGUCCUACAACGACCAUCGCUCGUGGUACCUGCACAUCAAGGAUGUCCAAGAAGUGGACCGAGGCUGGUACAUGUGUCAAGUCAACACUGAUCCCAUGCGAUCAAGGAAAGGCUAUCUUCAGGUCGUAGUACCUCCGGUGAUCAUCGACAAUAUGACGUCAACUGACAUGGUGGUGCGGGAGGGAACCAAUGUGACGAUGGUGUGCCGAGCGACCGGGUACCCUGAACCGUACGUGAUGUGGCGGCGGGAGGACGGCCAAGAGUUCAACUGCAAUGGAGAGUCUGUAAACGUGGUAGACGGUGAGAACCUGACGAUAUCGAAGGUUUCGCGGCUGCACAUGGGCGCGUACUUAUGCAUAGCAUCGAACGGAGUGCCACCAUCCAUCAGUAAAAGAGUUGUCCUAAUGGUGCAAUUUCCACCGAUGCUGUCAAUUCCAAAUCAAUUGGAAGCAGCAUAUAUAGGACAGGAUGUGACUCUAGAGUGUCACACUGAAGCAUAUCCUUCCUCUAUCAAUUACUGGACUACCGAUCGAGGGGACAUGAUAAUUUCAGGAAGUAAAUACCUCACGGCGCUGAGCGACGACAGUUACAGCAGGAAAAUGAAAUUAACGAUACGGAAAGUGUCACCGCGGGACUUCUCGUCAUACCGAUGCGUGGCGAAGAAUUCCCUCGGAGAAACCGAUGGGCUCAUACGUCUCGAUGAAAUACCUGCUCCUUCAACCGUGAGCACCACAGUCAACUACGUGCCUACAAAUCCGCAAAGGAAGAAAGGAAAGCACAAAAAUCGUUUCCGAGACAGCUCCGCGGAAAAUAGAGUCAUUGGAGACUAUGAGUUUGAAGAAUUGAAAGACUCAGAUUAUGAAUCGACUCAAUCUUCCGGCUCUGCCGCCAUAACUAGCGGCAUCCUAGUCAUCAUGGCAUCACUCAUCAUCAGCUGACAUAAACUGUGUACUAACCAUUGUACCAUAUCAUAGUGCCAAUGUAGCCAUGUAAUGUGCUAAACUUUACAUUCAUAAAUAGAGAGUAUACUUUGUAAAUUUCAGCUCGAAGCUGUAAAUAUAUAGAUAUUAUAAUAAAGAUAUAAUUUUUAUGUUUAGUAAUAAAAAAAACACAUUAACCAAAUAUAGUAAAAUAAAACGCCGUUAUAACACAUCGAAGAUCUUAUUCGUUAUUUUUUUUAUAUUAUAAUCUCGUUUAUUUGUUGUAUCAAGUUGUAAAUAUAUUUAUAUCUAUUUCUCAAUUUAAAAGACUGAUAGUUUUAUAUGUUUAAUGUGCCAUAUCCGCAGUCAUAUUAUAGCAUAAUACUGAUAAAUAGGGUGUAGUUUAUACUUUUAAAGUGGCGACGAUACUAUAAAUAUAACCAUUGUGAUGGAGGUUUUAGUUAAUAUUUUUAUGCUCUAUUUAUAAUAAUUUCAUCAAACCAAUAAACUACUUAUAACCCUACAUAAGACAAAAUAAG